ACAAUAAACUGGCUCCUAAAAAUUCUCAAAUUGACUUGCCUUCUAUAAUUGUAGAAUAGAUCUCAGCUGUCUUGUAGCACCAUGUCUAAAGUAACAUUCAAGAUAACCCUGACUUCAGAUCCAAAACUGCCGUUUAAAGUAUGCUGAUGAGGCUCAUAAAGUUGUACGUUGAAGUUACAUUGCCGCAUUAUGGACGCUGCUGUAGUGCAUCAAUUCCUGGACUUUUUUCAAGACUUUGUCCAGCUAUGUCAAUCUGAAAACUGGCCUAAAAAUGAGACUACAGAGGAAGAAAUGAAAAAUGCUUUUCUCGUUGCAAACCACAUAGAAACCUGCUUGAACAAGCUUCACGAAAAAGAUAUUGUCACUGAUUUUCUAGCAUUAUUGCAAAAGGACCAUGAUUUCCCAAAUUUUUUCUUGAAAACUUGCUUAGCAGACCCGCCAAAGUAUGUUCUGAAAAAAAUUAUACAGUCACCGACAAAAGUGUCACAGAUGGAUAUUGGUUUCAAAUUAUUCUUAGAAAUGUACUCAAAAGAAAAGUUAGAGAUGUGUCUCACGGACUUAAUGCUGGAGACUGCAUCAAAGGAGACUUUAUUGCGGAACCUUACAAAAGAAAUUCCAAAAGAGAAAAUUCUAGAAUUCAAGAGUUUGAUCUUACUUUCUGAAUUAAAUCAUUGUGAAGAUCCUAAGGACAUUCUGUCAGACAUGUUUAAGAAUUUAAAUCAAGACAACAUGACAUUAUUAGUUUUAAGUGUCUUGAGUAAAGAUGUGAAAUAUCAUAAGUCAGUAAAUAGCAUAGUAAACACAUUUAUUGAUGUGAUAUCUAGAAAAAGUCCUAAUAAUAAGUCAUUAUGGAAACAUCUUUUUAAUAUUGAUGAUAAAAUUUUUGUGCAGUUAUGUUUACAACAUGCCGAUUUGUUCAAAUUGAUUGUUAGGUCUUUAGCUGAUUGUGGCCGAUUGUUGAGAGAAAAUAUGUCGGCCGAAUUCUUCUAUAUAGAUAUUACGUACUCACAGUUAAUGAGCGUAGUUCAAACAAUUUGCAAGGACAACAAUUUGAAAAUUGAGUUCUUUGAUGUAAUUGGUGAUGCAGAUGUUGCAUUUUGGCUGAAUAUGUUAUGACUGUGGCCAGCAUGCUUGGUGAAAUAAUUAUUGUUGUGUGCUUUAUUGUUGGAACCAAGAUCAAUAAAUUAUUUUUUACAUGUUAUAUUUGUUUGAAUCAAACUCAAUGGGCGAAAGUGACUCUUUCUCUAGCUAACGUGCACACAUACAUAUGUAUAAUCACGUUUUUAACUCUUGUGAGGUGUACACAGCCAACAGCCUUUAAAAUACUGAAAGCCCUCAAGCAGCUGUUUGGCUAAAAGAUAAUAAAUUUAAACUAUUAGGGGAAAAGUAACACAAGUGUAGUCCUAUCUGUAAGUUUAUAUUUUUAUUUUUUUAUUUUAUU